CGGAAACGUAGAAGAAGAAAAGACUGAACAUUUUUAACUGCACCUAACCACCGUGACCGUGAAACAAACAGGGAAAUGUAAUAGUCUACAGUAGGUCUAACUCCUUUGUUCUGUUUAGUGACAUACAACGUAAUGUAAUGCUGUCAGUCACUUAUUAUGUUUAUUUAAAGACAUGUCGCGGCUUCUCCCGUUCAUCAGCUGUGUGUACAGCGUGUUCAGUCCACGGUCCAGUCGGGUCAUAUCAUGGAGAGGUUCUCCCAGUAUCUCUCCACUGCUUAGUCCGAUCCCUACUGGACUAACACGUGUUUUAGCAGCCGGUAAAAAGAGCUUGGUAGACUUUCCUGUCCUGAAUGAGGACGAGCUUAAAGAGCAGUUUGUGAGAGGAUCUGGACCCGGAGGACAGGCCACCAACAAAACCAGCAACUGUGUGGUGCUCAAGCACAUCCCAAGUGGGACUGUUGUGAAGUGCCAUCAAACCAGAUCUGUGGAAACAAAUCGAAAGCGUGCUCGGGACAUUAUGCGAGAGAAACUUGAUGUUUUUUAUAAAGGAGAACUCAGUGAAGUUGUUGUAAAGAAGAAAGAUUUAGAGCUGAGGAAACAAGAGAAGAAGAGGAAGGCAACUGAAAAUCUGGAGAGAAAAAGACUCUUUAAAGAUGCGCUUGCUGCAGACUCCAAACCUGGAAAUGAUACAGUUUAAAAAUGUUUGUGUUGAAUAAAAAUUGAUGCUUGAAAGAUAAAAACUUGGAAAGUUACUGUUAUUAGUUCCAAAUCAAAUGACCCUUUUGUUUGUAUAGCAUCUUACAUGCAAAGCUGCAAUUCAACCUACAAUAACACAUAAUACAAUUGUACAAAUCUGUCCAACCUAAACCUCAGGUUUAAGAUUUAUAACACUUGACUUGCUGUCCACCAAUCUAUGUCUGUUGUUGUUUUCCUUAUUAAAAAAACAGGACCAAACACUUG